CGAGUUCAAACCUUAUCUCCACCCAACUAAGAAAAAGUUAAUUUUAUGUACAAGGCUUGAGCAAAAACAGGUCUUAGAGUAUAAAACCUUUCCUACCGCUUACAACCACAAGCUUGAGUUUUUUGUUGAGUUGGUUCUUUGACAUGUAUCAAUGUUGUUUUGCUAAUUUGGUACCUAUGCUUAAUUUCAACUCUGAUUUGGCAGGUAAAGACUCAACCUCAUCAGCAUUGACAUGGUUUUUCUGGUUGGUUGCCGGUCACCCUCGAGUCGAGCGAUUGAUUUACGAUGAAUUAUCAUCAGCCAUCGCUGAAUCUCCAGAAAAUGGCCCCGCGAGGCUCAACUACGACGAGCUAAAGAAGCUUCGCUACCUACAAGCAGCACUAUCAGAAACACUGCGCUUGUUUCCACCGGUUCCAAUCAACUCAAGGUUAGUUUUGUCCAAUGACACUUUGAGCGACGGGACAUCAGUGUACAAAGGGUGGCACGCGGAUUACUCGGCCUACGCAAUGGGGAGGAUGGAGAGGCUGUGGGGCCCCGAUUCCCGGGAGUUCAAGCCAGAGAGAUGGUUGGGAGAGUAUAAUGUGGAUUUCAAGCAAUGCGAUCCGUUCAAGUUUCCAGUGUUCCAUUGUGGGCCAAGAAUGUGCUUGGGCAAAGAGAUGGCUUUUGUGCAGAUGAAAUCCAUUGCUGCUGCCUUUGUGUAUGAGUUUAAGGUGAUUGCUCGUGACGGUGGUGGGAUUCCUGAGAGGAUUGUGAACCCGCCGUACGCAACGUCUCUUCUCCUUAAGAUGAAAGGUGGAUUUCAUGUUAAACUACAAAGGUGGAUUUCACUUUGUAGAAUGAAUUUGUACAAAGUGAAGCCAAGAAAAGAAAGAGAUGUUUUGUGCCUACUUUUGCUAUUGCAUUUGUAAAAAAAUUGUAUGGAGUAUGUAGGUAAAAGAAAUUGUUGAAUUGGAUUCUAUUCAGAAGAAAGCGAAUGUAUAUUU